AUGAAUCCACGUAUGGAUUUAAAACUAGUGAGUAAUCACUUUCGUGAUGAGAAAAUGGAAGAAUCCUAUCAACUUUAUUCCUCAACCGUGGAUUUUCCAGUCGCUCGACGAUUAAUGUUAGCUCUAGUUCUAUGUGAAAGUGUAGUGUACUUUUUAUAUCUUCAAAUGAAAGAUACGUGUAUUGCACCUUCCGGAAAUGACUAUGCAUGGAUCAAUCUACUUGGAUCGUUCUUACAAGUGGAUAUUCUAGUCACAUCUUCCAAGACAACUAGAGUACGAACAAGUUGUGUUGCAUUUAUUGAACCCAUGGCCAAGGAUCAUAAACUUACGUUGUUACUAUGGAGUUUUGCACCCUUUGCGAUUCUAUAUGGUAUGUUACCAUUGAAAUAUGUUGAAGGCAGUAUGAGAUUAAGGAUUGGGGUGUACUAUAUACGACGUCAUUGGAAAAUCAUUGCAACACUUAUUGUACUAUGCUGGUCAGCUGGAUUAGCAAUCUUUGUGCAUCAUAUUUUACAUGGAAUGAGAAAAAAUCUACAACAGAGCAUUGCAAAUGGAAUGAUCUGUGCGCUAGAUACCGCAAUGCCGUUGUCAUGGUAUGAUAUGUCCGAAUGGAAUAAAGUCUCUGGAUCGGAUGGACCAAUGACUUUAUCAUCGUGGCUUCAGGUUUAUGAUAGCAAAUUGGUAUACUCGCUUUUCAUGGGUGUCUUGGCGAUGCUGGCCGCAUUUGCUGGUAUCGUUGCAGUUGCCAUGAAGCUAGAUUUUACUCACGUGCUGCUGCUUGCUGUAACAGAGUGGAUUACAACGUUAUUGUUAUGCUUUUUGGGUGGAACCCCGCUAUUUUCAUCGAGCGAGCGUGUAAUGAGCAACGAAGCGUUUUUGUUUUUCUUGUGCGUGUUGUUGCCUACCUGUUUCUCGCUCACAGCUACAUACUCGGAGGAUCGUGCUGCUCGUAUGGCGUAUGCAUCGAAAGUGCGUGCAGAGCGUAUCAACACAACGCUCAAGCUUGAUCUAUCGGUAAAACAGACCGGGCUUGAGAAUCGUAAUGCCAUGUCACGAGAUGAAAAGGAGGCAUUAGAGCGAGCACUGAGCGCAAGUGGAGACAUGGAAUUGUUCAUGUCAGUAUCGAUCCCGUUUGCAGAUUUGAAGCUAAAAGAGAUCUUAGCCAAGACGCCGAUUGGUGAAGUCUUGAUAGGCGAGUAUCAUCAGACAGAUGUUGUGGUGAAGCGGUUAGCGCAGUCGUGUUUAACAGCUGAUGGUCUUGCUGCAUUUAAAAGCAAGGUGGAACUGCUGGCAUGCCUACGGCAUCCAAAUAUUGUGUUGUUCAUCGGAGCCACGUUUGAUAACCUGUCCAACGUCGGCCUCGUCAUGGAAUACCUCGAACGCGGUGAUGUUUUAUCGCUGCUGCGUAGCCCAAUCGCACUGGCCUGGAGUGAUCCUUUGUUGAAGAUUGCAACAGAUGUAGCGCAAGGGGUCUCGUAUUUGCACAAUUGCGACCCACCGCUCGUGCAUCGUGACCUGAAGUCUUCUAACUUGUUGUGUACACGCACGUAUUCAUGUAAAGUGUCCGAUUUUGGCGAGUCAAAGCGACAAUUGCUACCGGGAAAGCUCUUCAGUACCAUUGUCGGUACGCCGUACUGGUUGGCGCCCGAAAUUCUUCGCGAGGAGCGCUAUGACACACAAGUCGAUUGCUACAGCUUUGGUGUAAUCCUAGUGGAGCUCGAGACAAGACGUGAACCCUAUCAUGACCUUCCUAAGGACUAUACGACGAUCGACAUCAUGAUGGGCGUCUCACGCGGUGCUUUGAGGCCAACUAUUCCCGUCUCAUGUUCCCCCUGUCGUCGAAAACUCAUUUCACGCUGCUUAGAUAGCGAUCCUAGCUGCCGUCCAAAGAUGACAGAGAUUCUCCAUGCAUUGCAGCAUGAGGUUCGUCAAGAGCUGCUCGAUCAGAACUCGACUGAUAUUGUUUGUGAUAAGCGCCGAAUGAUGCUCAUGCAGCAACAUCAGCGACUUAAUCGUCAUGGAUUGCAGGAUCUUAUGUUUGCUCAUGAAGAGGACUAG